CCAGAGAUGAGGGCAAGGGGGCAUCGAGGAAGGGGCCGGGGCGUCGUCUGCCGGGCUGCCUGGCUCUGCCCCACGGGGGAGACGGGUCAGCCCUGCUCGGCCGUUGCGCUGGCCUGGGGGCUCCUGGUCGCCCUGUCUCAGCUGGAUCCAGUGGCCGGUGCCAACCUGACCCUUGCCGUAGUCUUACCGCGGCACAAUACGACUUACCCAUGGGCCUGGCCGCGGGUAGGUCCGGGCAUCGAGCUGGCCAUCCAGAAGGUCAACGCCCAGCCUGACCUGCUGCCCGGCUACACAGUGCAGAAGGUGUUUGGCACCAGCGAGAACAGCCAGGGGGUCUGCUCCGACAUCAUGGCCCCGCUCUCGGCCGUGGACCUGAAGAUGGGUUACAACCCGGACGCUUUCGUCGGCCCUGGCUGCGUCUACACCACGGCCCCCGUGGCUCGGUACACCCGGCACUGGGGGCUUCCCCUGGUGACCGCUGCGGCCGAGGCCAUCGGUUUCGGCAUCAAGGACAACGAAUUCGCCCUGGUCACCCGCACCGGUGCCAGCCACAGCAAACUGGGUGAGUUUGGCAUCAGCCUCAGCAGAUAUUUCAACUGGACCAGCCGCGCCAUGCUGCUCUACUGGGAUAAAGCCAUGGACGACCGCCCCUGCUUUUUCGCCGUGGAGGGGCUCUACAUGCAACUCCCUUCACUGCACAACAUGACCAUCGAAGACGUCCCCCUCACGUCCACCAAUUACGCGGCUUUGAUCCAGGACAUCAAGCAGAAAGCUCGCAUUGUGUACAUCUGCUGCGCCCCCGACACCUUCCGCGAAUUUAUGCUCCACGCACACCACGAAGGGCUCACCGCAGGCGACUACGCCUUUUUCUACAUCGACCUCUUUGGGAUGAGCCUGCGGAGCUCCAAAUUCCCCGACCGGACGCUUCCCUGGCGACGCGGAGACGGGAACGAUGACGCGGCCCGCGAGGCUUACCAGGCGGUGAUGGUGAUCACUUACACGGAGCCCAGAAACCCGGAAUAUCGACCGUUCCUGCAGCAGGUCAAGCGCACCGCCCAGGAGCAGUUUAACUUCACCAUGGAAGACGGGCUGGAGAACUUCAUCGCGGCUGCUUUCCACGACGGGGUGAUGCUCUAUGCCCACGCGGUGAACGAGACGCUGGAGCAGGGCGGCUCUCUGUCCAAUGCCACGGCCAUCACGCUCCAGAUGCGGAACCGGACCUUCUACGGAAUCACGGGGCCCCUGCGGAUCGAUCAGAACGGAGACCGGGAGACGGACUAUUCUCUGUGGGACCUGGAUCCGGCGAGGGGAGAGUUUGAGAUCGUUGCUGACUACAACGGGACCACCAAGAAGAUUGAAAUGGUCCCGGGAAGAAGGAUCCACUGGCCGGGCCACGCCAUUCCAAGAGAUGUGCCGUUCUGCGGUUUCGAGAACGACAACCCCGUUUGUCAGAAAGCCUCCUUCUCCUUGCUGGAGAUCUUGCCGCUGGCAAUGACGCUGCUUCUGUUUGGCAUCAUCAUCACGGCCUUCUUCGCCUACCGGAAAAUGAAGCUGGAAAAGGAGCUGGCUUCAGAGUUCUGGCGUGUCUGCUGGGAGGAUGUGCAGUCGAGCAACUUGGAGAAGAAUUUACGAAGCAUGGGCAGCAAGCUCACGCUCUCGCUGAGAGGUUCAAAUUACGGAUCCUUGCUUACCACCGAAGGACAAUUCCAGGUUUACGCCAAGACGGCUUAUUACAAAGGGAACCUCGUGGCCGUGAAGCACGUGAGCCGGAAGCGCAUCGACCUCACGCGGGACGUUUUGUUUGAGCUGAAACAUAUGCGGGACGUCCAGAACAAGCACCUGACGCGCUUCAUCGGCGCCUGCAUCGACCCCCCGAACAUCUGCGUCUUGACGGAGUAUUGCACCCGGGGAAGCUUGCAGGACAUUUUAGAAAACGACAGCAUCACGUUGGACUGGAUGUUCCGUUACUCGCUCACCAACGACAUCGUCAAGGGGAUGCUCUUCCUGCACAACAGCGUGAUCGCUUCUCAUGGCAACCUGAAGUCCUCCAACUGCGUGGUGGACAGCCGCUUCGUGCUGAAGAUCACCGAUUACGGGCUGGGCACCUUCCGCCAGGCGCCCGAGGUGGCCGAUGACUCGCACGCCCUCUUCGCCAAGAAGCUCUGGACGGCGCCUGAGCUCUUGCGGUCGGGGACCACCCCGUGCCUGGGCACUCAGAAAGGGGACGUCUACAGCUUUGGCAUCAUCUUGCAAGAAAUCGCCCUGCGCAACAGCGUCUUCUACGUGGAAGGGGUGGAUCUGAGCCCUAAAGAGAUCAUUGAGCGCGUCGCGAGCGGGGAACAGCCUCCCUUCCGCCCCUCGGCGAAUCUGCCCUCCAAUCUGGAUGAGGUGGUGCAUCUCAUGCAGUGGUGCUGGGCCGAGGACCCCCAGGAGCGCCCAGACUUUCAGCACAUCAAAGGCAUGCUGCGGAAGUUCAACAGGGACAGCAGCUGCAAUCUCCUGGACACGCUGCUGUCGCGGAUGGAGCAGUACGCGAACAACCUGGAGGAGCUGGUGGAGGAGCGCACCCAGGCCUACUUGGAGGAGAAACGUAAAGCGGAGGCCCUGCUGUACCAGAUUUUACCCCACUCGGUGGCUGAGCAGCUGAAGCGUGGGGAGACAGUCCAGGCAGAGGCUUUCGACAGCGUCACCAUCUACUUCAGCGACAUUGUGGGGUUCACCGCCUUGUCGGCCGAGAGCACCCCCAUGCAGGUGGUGGCCUUGCUGAACGACUUAUACACCUGCUUUGAUGCAAUCAUUGACAACUUUGAUGUCUACAAGGUAGAGACUAUCGGGGACGCGUACAUGGUGGUGUCCGGUUUACCCGUUCGCAAUGGCCGAUUGCACGCCCGUGAGAUUUCCCGCAUGUCCCUGGCGCUCCUGGAAGCGGUCCGCAACUUCAAAAUUCACCACCGGCCUGAACAGCAGCUCAAGUUGAGGAUUGGGAUCCACAGCGGUCCUGUUUGUGCUGGAGUGGUCGGCUUGAAGAUGCCUCGUUAUUGUCUCUUUGGAGACACAGUGAACACGGCUUCGCGCAUGGAAUCCAACGGCGAAGCGUUGAAGAUCCACUUGUCGGCGGCCACCAAGUCCAUCCUUGAAGAGUUUGGGUGCUUCGAACUCGACCUCCGAGGAGACAUAGAGAUGAAGGGCAAGGGGAAGCUCCGGACAUACUGGCUGACGGGGGAACGGGUCAGCAGCACCCGAGGGUGAUGAAAGAUGCAGAAGAGGCUUAAUCCUGCUUCCUUCAAGGAGGCACCCAAGACUGUUUUCGGGGGACCUAUUGGCUUGGAGUUGAGGGCAUUAUGGAUGGACCCCGGAGGACUAUACUUGCUCCCCUGCCCAAUUUCCUUUCGCUUGUGCACCGCCCCGCAAAUCUAGCCUUGAGUUCCAAAGGUUGGGUGACCUGCAGGUGACCAGGAGGUGAUCUGCCUUCUUCUCUGCCUGCAUCAUGGAAAGUCGCGGAGAAGUCGGCUCGGGCUCCCGCGCUUCUACGGGCCACCUCCUUUCCUUUCCGGACGUCUGGAACUUCUGUUGUCGAGUCCGCGUUACGACUAGGGAGGCAGGGACCCUGCGCAGUCCUUGUGACGGUGGAUCUGUAUGCGCACACCAUGCGGGUUCCUGGAACUGCGGAUCUUACAAUAAAAGGAAUGUAUGUGUCGA